GGGAGGAAUUGGCAGCUUGGCUUUCAACUGCAUCUAUGUAAAUUUUCCUUCCUCCUCUCGUAGAACUCCCCUUUCCUCUGUCAGACCACCCAACCCCUAUAAAUAAGCCAUCACUUCAAAUUUUUCCCUCAGAGCUCUGCUCAGUCUUUUUGCCGGGAAGAACUUUUUAUUUUAAUUCAUCCAAGUUAGAAAAAGUUCACUUAAAUUUAAAAAAAAAAUGGCGAGCGAAUUAAAGAAGAAAGCUUUCUGGAGGGCGGUCAUAGCGGAGUUUUUAGCCAUGAUCCUCUUCGUUUUUAUUAGUAUCGGUGCCGCUUUGGGGUUCAACUUCCCCGUCGUAGAAAAGACUAACCAGACCGUCGGCCGGACGCAAGACAUCGUCAAGGUGUCUUUGGCUUUUGGGAUAUCGAUCGCCACCAUGGCUCAGAGCGUGGGCCACGUCAGCGGGGCGCACCUCAACCCGGCCGUCACUUUGGGGUGUCUUCUCAGCUGCCAAAUCAGCAUCCUGAAAGCCGUCAUGUACAUGAUCGCCCAGUGCCUCGGCGCCGUGGUCGCCACCGCCAUACUCUCCGGUAUCACUUCUGGCCUUGAAAACAACAGCCUGGGGCUCAAUGGGCUCAGUCCAGGAGUUUCGGCAGGACAAGGAUUGGGGGUGGAGAUCCUUGUUACUUUCCAGCUGGUCCUUUGCGUUGUGGCAGUCACAGACCGAAGGCGGCAUGACGUUUCUGGAUCCGUUCCUCUCGCCAUCGGACUCUCUGUUGCUUUGGGACAUUUGAUUGCGAUUGACUACACUGGAUGUGGAAUGAACCCAGCCAGGUCUUUUGGCUCCGCAGUACUAACUAAAAACUUUACAUAUCAUUGGAUCUUCUGGGUUGGUCCAAUGAUCGGUGGUGCCGCAGCCGCUAUAAUAUACGACUUCAUCUUAGCACCAAGAACCAGCGAUUUAACAGACCGCAUGAAGGUGUGGACCAACGGGCAAGUGGAGGAGUACGAAUUAGACGGAGAUGACAACACCAGAGUCGAAAUGAAACCAAAAUAGAGAUUGAGACAAACAAAAAAAACUUAUCGAGAGAUGUCAGUAUUAUGGACUUAUUUGUAUAAAAAAAAAAAAAAAGAAUUUCCAAAUUUUUUGUUUUUGUUUUUUUUUUUUUUUUUUCAGUUUGCUUUCAUGCCUUUGCAUUGUAUUUCCUAACCUCAUGUUCACAUACAAAAAAUGUACUGUAAUAUAUUAUAUCUUUUUUUUUUUUUUUAGACUGCUGCAUGAAAAAAAAAA